AUGCACCACUUCAGCUCAAUCAAAGACGUCGAGGCACACGAAUUCAUUAAGGCAUACGCUGACCAUUUGAAGAAGGGAGGCAAAUUGGAAAUCCCAGAGUGGGUCGAUUUGGUCAAGACCGGCGUCACUAAGGAACUCGCCCCAUUGAACCCAGACUGGAUGUACAUCAGAGCUGCUGCUAUCGCUAGACAAGUCUACUUGAACCAAGGACUUGGAAUCACCGACAUCUGCAGAAUUUAUGGAGGACAGAAGGGUGGCCAUUUGACCCCAACCAAGCGUACAAACGGCUCUCAAAAGGUCAACAGAUACAUCCUCAACCAACUCACUAAGAUGGGCAUCAUCGAAAAGAUCGCCAAGGGAAGAGCCGCCACUAAGGAAGGAAGAAAAGACAUCGACAAGAUCGCUUACCAAGUCUACAAGGAGCACGAGGCUAAAGUCACCCCAAUGAUCCUCAUGCCAUUGAACUGA